UGUCCGAACAACUCCAUUGCGGUUGUCAAGAAAGGAACCCAGACACAUUCCAUAUUUUCAAGAUGCCCCAUUCUGUAUUAUUGAGCGAGUCGCCAGCACCUGCCCGUGAUGAUGAGGUACUCCCAGAUGCUCCCUUAGAGGAGCCUGCAAACGCUCCACAAGACGAGCCCGCGGACGUCGCACAAGGCAAUGGGGCCGAGAGAACGACGUCCACAAAACUAGAAGACCUAUUUGCCGAUGAUGAUGAUGAUGACGAAUUUCCAUCAAGUGCCCCGAAUACCAAACAGGCUUCUUCGCCUGCUCCAGAGCCGAACGUACCGAUGUCUCAACAGUCCAAAGUAGACACAGAUACAAUGCUUGCAUUUUACCAACGACUAUUCCCAUUUCGCUAUCUCUUCCAGUGGCUGAAUCACGGCAUUGUCCCGUCUGUUGACUUUGGGAACCGGGAAUUCGCUCUCACGCUACAGAAUGAUGCUUAUCUCAGAUACCAAUCAUACGCAACGGCAGAUCUAUUCCGCAAAGAUAUCCUGAGAAUUAACCCUUCCCGAUUCGAAAUCGGCCCCGUCUAUAGCGCGAACCCCCGAGACAGGAAAACACUGCGAGGUGGACAGAUGAAGCCAGUAUCUAAGGAAUUAGUCUUCGAUAUAGAUUUGACUGAUUACGACGAUAUCCGAUCAUGCUGUGAAAAAGCUAACAUUUGUGCCAAAUGCUGGUCGUUUGUUACAAUGGCAAUCAAGGUGAUUGACACGGCGCUGCGAGAUGAUUUUGGCUUCGAACACAUUCUAUGGGUUUACUCGGGUCGUCGUGGUGCACACGCCUGGGUCUGUGAUGCUCGAGCUCGCAAUCUUCCGGACGACCGUCGAAGAGCCAUCGCGGCUUAUCUGGAUAUCGUGCGUGGGAAUACAAUGAGCGGGAAGCGGGUUAAUAUGAAGCGGCCAUUGCAUCCACACGUAUCGCGCAGUCUCGAAAUCUUGAAAACAUACUUCCGCCAAACCACACUUGACGACCAGGACACUUUUCUUGACCCUAAACAAGUGGAAAGACUACUCUCCUUACUCCCAGAUAAGCCACUGACAGAUGCCUUGCGCAAAAAAUGGGACUCAGCCCCGGGCCGCUCUAGCGCAAAAAAAUGGAGCGACAUCGACGCGCUUGCAAGAGCGGGAGAAUCUAACACCCUCAGCAGCGCUGCCCUCGGAGAAGCGAAGCAGGAUAUUGUCCUUGAAUACACAUACCCCCGUCUCGACUCGGAGGUCAGCAAGAAGAUGAUACAUUUGCUGAAAAGUCCCUUUGUCAUUCAUCCAGGUACUGGCCGUGUCUGUGUCCCCAUUGACUCUAAGAGGCCGGAACAAUUCGACCCCCUCUCAGUACCGACCGUAACUGAACUCUUGGCCGAAAUCGACAAAUGGGAUGCGGAGCACUCUUCCGGCGCCGCUGGCGUUAAUGGCGAUGCUGAUGCAGGUGCAGUAGAAGGAGAAGUCGGCUCAACAAUCCCCGGUUCAUCAGAUGCUAGAGGGCCUCGUAGAUUACAAGAUUAUGAGAAAACAAGCUUGAAGCCGUACAUUGAUUACUUCCGAUCUUUUGUCGCUAACCUGCUCAAGGAGGAACGGUCUGGAAAGAGAGAAAGGAAUGAAGAGUCCUCGAACGCGGGGGGUGUGGAGUCGAUGGAGUUCUGAUUUCUAUCGCUGCUGCUUUAUGUUCUUAUAUCUGUUACGCAUAAUGUAUAUAUGAAUGGAGACUUGGGCGUUUUCCUGGCGAGUUUUCCAUGUGAAGUGCGGUUUUUGAGUUGAUUCAAUCCCAUGACUUAUUUCUAUUU